CACUCUCCUCCCCUUAUCUUUAGAGUUGAUCGGGUUGGUAGCUUGAUAGAUUGAGCUCUACGGUAGAUAGUCCCGAGAACGUUAUAUAAAACGAUCAUUCCAAAAAUUAAGUAAAUAUGGACGAUUUUGACAUGCUGAACGCGCCUGCUGCCGGGAAUGGAACCGAAGAAGACCCUGCUGCCGCAUUCUUGGCCCAACAAGAAAGCGAGAUCGCGGGGAUCGAAAACGACGAAGGUUUCAGCAUCCUGGACGGUGGAGAGGUUCCCUCGUCGUUUAGCAAUAAUCUGACAGGCGACGUACUAGAUGGAGCUGUCAAUGGGGAUCUCCAUGAGGAGAGCAACGGUCCUUCUGAUGCGUACGCUGCCAUCUCCAGUGCCGACCGUCUGCAGGCUGAACCAGAGAGCUUGCGCAAGUGGAGGGGAGAGCAGAGAGACAGGCUGGAGGCCCUAGAUGCCAACUCCCGUCAGCAGGAGACAGAGUGGAAGGAGAAGGCCCAGGUGGAGCUGGAGGAGUGGCACAGCAGACAGGAGGAGCAGCUGCAGAAGACCAAAGUCAACAACAGGGUGUUGGACGAAGACUUCUACAAACAGCCCUUCUCUGAGCUCAUUGGUUAUGUCACUCAUAUAAACCAUCCUUGCUACCGCCUAGACCAGGCAGCAGAGGAGGCCAUGGUGUCGGACCUGGAUGAGAACAACCCUGGAACAGAGUGGGAGCGUGUGGCUCGUCUCUGCGACUUCAACCCCAAGUCCAGCAAGCAGGCGAAGGACGUGUCCCGCAUGCGUUCUGUCCUCAUCUCUCUCAAACAGUCCCCGCUCGUCCGCUAAGAGGAGGUGGGGGAGGGGAGAGAGAGACCUCCAUCAUCUCUAUCUAUCCCCUAGCCUUCAUCCCCAGACCCUCCCACACAUUCCCUUAUUGUAGACCAGAGACCAGUGUCUCAGCCCCAACUGAGAGGUGUUUAGAUCGGAAAGGGUUUAAAUGGGGAUGAGCAACAUGGCAGCAUUAUUGUGAUUACCGUAGAGACCUGAAUGCCACGUUGAUGACACCUAUCCAGUCCUGUCAGAUCAGAGAUUAUAAGAGAAGGAAGUUAUUUAGGAUUUUGUGUGUGUGUCUGUACAGGGGUCGUGAAGAGACGGGUGUCAGAUUCCACAUUGACCUUUUGAACUUUUACCCAACGCCCAGAAUUACACUACAACCUCUCUUGGGGCGAUAGAUGUCAUUCCCAUUAACCUCUGUGCUGUUCCCUCCAGAAUAUUGGACCUGUGAUUGUUGUAAAUGGUUUAACAUUCCCCUAUCCUCAUAUUCCCUCCCGUCCAUUUAGUUUUCCAUCAUUAAAGAAAAAAAAAAAAGAAUAUACAGAUUUAUUUUUGUUCAUAUUCUUUUAAGGACCAAACUCCAUCUUUCCUCAUCGUUUGGUGUGGUUGAGUCAUGUUAUAGAGCCAAGCUUGUGGCGUUGUGAUGAUUUCAGAUCUAUGCAUUUGCAGCAACCUCUUUUUGAAGACUUCCCAAGUAUAAAAACACCCCCAUUAAAUCCAUGUGACCUAUGUAUAACAUGGUGUGUGUAUGUACCCCUAAAUACGUGUACCUAUGUACAUAUACUGGCAAUAUUAUAUAUAUAUAUAAAUAAACAAAACGUUAGUCAUUAAAGAGGAGAAAUUAUGGUUUAAGUAAUAGUCAUUGGCCGAUGUUGUGGCACUGUGUAUUGUCAAUGAUUUCAAUAUCAAUAAAGAUUGAAAUUAACUUGA